AUGAAGAUCACCGUCGGACUCGCCCUUCUCGCUGUUGCCGUCGUCGACGCGCUUCCCAACGAUAAGCGGGACGCUCCGAAGAACAACGAGAUCACGGACACCGUCGUCUUGAACUACGCGCUCACGCUCGAGCACCUCGAGAACGCAUUCUACCACACCGCUUUGGCGAACUACACCCACCAAGACUUCGUGGAUGCGGGCCUGCCCUCGUGGUCGCGCGGGCGGUUCAAGGAGCUCGCCGAGCACGAGCAGUCGCACGUCGAUGUGCUCAAGUCGGUCCUGGGCGCGAACGCGACGCAGCCGUGCACGUACGACUUCCCCGUCACCGACGUCAAGUCGUUCGUUGGUCUGAGCCAGGUCCUCGAGGGCGUCGGGACGUCGGCGUAUGCUGGCGCCGCGUCUUUCUUGACCAGCAAGGACGCGCUCAACGCUGCCGCGGUCAUCCUCUCAACGGAGGCCCGCCACGCUGCCUGGGUCGCGUCUGCCGUCAACAAGCAGAACCCCUGGAGCGGCGCGUACGACACGCCUCUCAGCUUCAACGAGGUCUUCUCCCUCGCAGUGCCCUUCAUUGCGGCCUGCCCCGACUCGAACCCGGCCCUGCCCUUCACUGGCUUCCCCGCGCUCGCUCUUGGCGCAGGCCACCCCGAGGCCACUGUCGCCGUCUCGACUCCGGCUUCCCUCGCCAAGGACAAGCAGUACUACGUCGCCUUCUUCAGCGGCCUCACCAAGCAGUUCAUCCCGGUCAAGGACGGCAAGGUCACCAUCCCAAAGGGCCUGGACGGCACGGUGUACGCCGUUCUCACCAACGACGAGAACACGGCCACGGACGCGACCACCGUCGCCGGCCCUGCCAUCCUGUCCUUCCCGUUCAACUCCCGCGGCGAGUACAUCCACAACUAG